AUCUCCAUCGCUCGAGAUGCUCAAUUUUCCUCCUUCAAAUAAUUUGAUAAUAAUCAUAGAUUUAUCUGAUUUUAGAAUUUGAAAUUCUAUCAAGUACGUAUCAACUGUAUCAAAAUGAUCAAGUUUGGUGCCUCUACUUGAAGAAUUAUCAAGAUAUGAAUCCGUACACACAUCGUGUUUCCUUCUCUAGCUAAAGUUUCAACGGAUUUACCUAUUUCCAUCAUGUAAAUUUCACUGAAAUGAACGUAAAUCCUACUUGAACCAACCUAAAUAUUGGUUCGAAAUAACUCAUCUACCUAAUCAGUAUUCGUAAAAUCUCACCAACCAUGCUCACCAGAUUACUCAUAAUUCUACCACUGAUUUUCCACCAAAUCACCUGCAUGGAGAUCACAUUACCUUUCUCAAUACUCUCCAGGAAUCCGACAUUCGUAGACAAGACGUUAUUCUUAUCCGAGCUCUUCAACUGUGACGAUACCAGCAUAAUCCUAACAUCACCAAGGGGAUUUGGAAAAACCACCACGAUAUCGAUGAUCGAACUAUUCUCUAGUAUUGAUCUCAAAGAUGACGAUAUAAACUCCACUCAAUUCAAAGUGCUCGGUCACGUUGAUCCUUCUGCAAUCUUCCAGAAAACAUUGAUCGCUCGCGAUACCGAAUUCAUUCGCAGACAUCAAUCUCAAUACGUUGUUUUAAAAUUAGAUAUGGAAGUUGAUUUCCCCGAUCACCAAAUUACUUCCGAAUCAAUUCGAGAUAAAUUACUCGACGUUUUACUAGAAGGAGUCAAAAAAUACUCGACGAUUUUACGAAAUCAUAAUACUCAAUACUGCCAAGAUCCCAGCAAGGAUUCGAAUUCAUCCACUAAUUUGAUUCCAGCCGAAGCCGAAGUUCAAUUCUUGAAUGAGUUCUUCUCCAGAAACAUCUCCGUUUCUGAUAUUUCACUGGCUUUACGUGAAAUUAUACAGAUUCUAUCGAGAUGCCUCGGUCGAAAAGUAAUCCUACUUGUCGAUAACUACGAUCACGUUGCUGCAGGAUUUCUGUCCAAGAACACAAACCUCGAACUCGAGAAAUUUUACCACGAAUUAAAUACGAUGUUGCAUUACGUUUCAGAUUUAUUCUCAACGUCCACCUGUAUGUUUAAAGCACUGAUAAUGAGCAUCUCUGCAGCUCCAUUGAGAUGGGGAGUAAAACCAAAAUUCGAAUUUGAAACCAUCUUCAAACACUACGAGUUCCUGGGAUCGCAUCGUUUCGUCGACUUCAUCGGAUUGAACGAAACCGAAGUCGAACAACUAGUAACAAAGUUUCAUCUCGAAGCCGAUGAAAAACUGAUUCUAUCAACGUACUACGACGCCUACCGAACGUAUCCAGACAGCGACGUCUACCACAAAUAUCCAGACAGCAAGAAGAUCUACAACCCGAGACAUCUCACACGUUUCAUCAAACUUUAUCGUAAGCAAGUGAUAGGAAACGAAGUACUAUCGAACGUGUACAAAGAAUCCUUCAAAUACAUCGGUUUCAUCGGCGAACAUUUGAAUAAUCGAUCUAAACUGGAGUUGGAAUUACUCGCAGUUAUCUCCAAUCAAUCCCUAUCAUUGAAUUACCGUUACACUCCUCCAUUUUAUUUACCAAUAGUCAAAGAAAUCAUGAAUUAUCGGUUUUCCAGCGAAUUGGCUAUCACCAAGAUGACGUGGUCUUAUUUAUUCGAUCUAGGAUUCUUGACUCCUUUUAUAGGCAAUUUAUCUACUCGUAAACCCUAUAUUUACAAAAUUGCUAAUCAAGAAGCUCAACGCGUUUUGUACAAAUUACUCAUCGAGUAUCAUAACGAAUCCAGACUACCGUUCAACGAAGUAGGUAAAUGUUCCCAGCAGUUCGUUGUAAAAGACGUCAUACUGAAUAAGCAAUCCAUAGCGAGCCUAUUCGGUCUGGUGGAAAUGCUCUUAGGGAGAUGUAUCAACAACACAGCUCAAUAUGGACGUUCCAAAGACAACGAAUUGAGGUAUCAAUCCAUCUUGUACGCGUCUUCGUCGCAGUUUGCCAACUCCGAGUUCUUCGUUUCGACGAUGCAGUUCCGUAAUCGAGCCAAUGAUACGUUUUACGGAGUGUAUUAUUAUAAUACGAACGAGAAGGUUUGUUCGAUAGUGAUAACGAGGAAUUGCGAUGAACCUGGUAAAGUAGAAGAUGUCUUGCUGAACGAAGCUGCGACUUCGUAUUCUCUUCCUCAUGCUGAAGUGAAGCAUAUCAUGUAUGCGGUGGUCAAUGUGUUCAAGGAUGGGCAUUUGGAGACAUUUUAUGUCACCUAUGAGAGAUGUUAAUGAUUGAAUAGAAGCUUUUUCUAUCCACUUGAAUGUUCAAAAGAAAAGAACAAAUUUCCUGAAUCAGCAUCUCUGGAAUUAAAUAGGUACCCAGUUUCGGAGUUGUAAAUCCUCGAAUUCAUGUUCAAAAAAUUCCCACUACUUACUCCACAGUUCAAAAUACUCUCAACUUGCAAUAUUCCCAUCAACGCACGUGAACUUUCAUUAACAGAAUUACCAUCCUACGUAAAUAAAUUGGCAAUAAACCGCGUACCUACGUACGUUAUUGGACGAGUAUUCGAUGUGAAUAAACUUUCCAGUACCUACGCGGUGAAAACAUCAUACUCGUAAAAUGUAUAUAAGGAAGUCGGUAUACACACAUAGGUCGAUUUUGACCUUAAGAAUUACCAAGGACAACGCGACGACUACUCCAUAGACACAAAUCAGAGAUCGGUGUAGCUCGUUUCAACACUCGAUAGAAAUUCAUUGUUGAAUAGCAUCCAAAUAGCAUUAAUUUUAAAACAAUCUAUUCUUAAAUUAACCCGUUAAAAAUGUUCGAAUCGGUGCCAAACAAAUUUAUAAUUACGUUCGGUAACAUUACCGAAAAAAUAUCUUUUGUUUUGGAAAUUGGAAUAAAUUUUUCAAUUCUAA